AUGGCUUUGUCCAAUACAAUCAUGUGGGUCUCUGCAAAACCUCCAUUUUCUCUCUCCAAAAUCCUAAAACCCUUUUGCCCCAAAUCUCACGCCCAAGUCUCCAUUCUCAAUCUUUACCAACCUCAACUAUGCAUUGCGGUUUGGUUGAACUCCGAGUCCGAAUUGAUUCUAAAGAGUAUCCAGAAAAUCACCGAAGCCAUGAAGGGUUUGAAGAUCCCAAGAAGCAGUCAUCAACGGCCAACCUUUGCCGAGACCGUCGUGGAGGUCCUAUAUGACAUCAAUGAGAGGAAAGGGGGUUUCCGGCGGCAAGAAGGAAAGGGGGUUGCCACCGGUGGGGGUGGGGUGGCUGAACAGGUUGGUUUGGUGGGUGGUGGUGCGUGGUGA